GAUCGCGGCUUCGCCGCGGUUGGGUUUGCUCCCCCUCAUCCGGCUGCGUCGCUUCGCUCGCAGCCACCUUCUCCCGCGAGGGGAGUAGGGGCCGGCAUUCGGACGAAGAAUGGAAGCAUGGAACGACCCUUGAUCGGCAUCGCGUGCGGGGAGGAUGGGAAGGAUGUGAAGGCGCGGGUGGCGUACGUGGACGCGGUGCUCGCGUCUGGCGGGGCGCCUUUGCUGCUGCCACCAUGCUCGGGGGAGGCGUUCGGGGAGGUCGUGCGCGGGUAUGUCGGGUUGUGCGACGGAUUCGUGCUGACCGGGGGGCGGGAUCCGGUGAUGGAGGGGUACGGGGUGGCGACGCACCCGUCGGCGGAUCGGGAGUCUUCACGCCGGCAGGCGUUCGAUGAGGCGCUGCUGCGCGAGCUGGCGGCGGAGGCGCCAGAGAAGCCGGUGCUCGGGGUGUGCCUGGGGAUGCAGAUGAUGGCGCUGGCCGCGGGGGGGACGCUCGAUCAGCACCUGCCGGAGACGACGGCGACGCACGCGGACCACAUGGAUGACGCGGCGCACGCGAUCCGGGUUGAGAUCGACGAUUCCAUUGUGGUCGACGGCGAGGUGACGAGCUGGCACCGGCAGGCGGUCUCGGACGCGGGAUCGAUGCGUGUCGUGGCUCGUGCGCACGACGGGGUGAUCGAGGCGAUCGACGAUCCGUCGCGGGCGUUCUACCUGGGGGUGCAAUGGCACCCGGAGCGGACCCCCCGUGAAGAAAACGGCUUGGCGCUGUUCCGGACGCUGGUCGAGACCAACCCGUCGCGUCUGCCCCUCAUUGCGCCGUCGAUCCUCUCCGCGGAUUUCGCGGACUUGGGGGACGAGUGCGAGUUCAUGCUGGGCGAGGCGGGCGCGGACCUGUUGCACGUGGACGUGAUGGACGGGCACUUCGUGCCGAACCUGACGAUGGGGCCGGCGCUCGUGCAAUCGCUCCGCAAGCGGAUGCCCGACGCGUGCCUGGACGUGCACGUGAUGGUGACGGACCCGGGGCAGUACAUCGAGCCGUUUGCGCAGGCGGGGGCGGAUUGCCUGACGUUCCACAUCGAGCCGGCGCUGGACGUGCGCGCCGGCGCGGGGAUGGCGCCGCUCAGCGAGGGGUACGACGUGCGGGAGGUGGCGGAGCGGGUGCGCUCGAGCGGGAUGCUCGCGGGGAUCGCGAUCAACCCCCCCACCGACGUCUCGACGAUCCUGCCGCACGUCGAGGCGUUCGACAUGGUGCUCGUGAUGAGCGUGAACCCGGGAUUCAGCGGGCAAUCGUUCAUCGCGGAGGUGCUCGCGAAGACGGAGGCGGUGCGGGCGGCGUUGCGGGACGACCAGCGCCUGCAGAUGGACGGGGGGAUCUCGCCGGAGAACGCUGCCCUGGUGCGGGACGCCGGGUGCGACGUGCUGGUCGCGGCCUCGGCGAUUUUCGGACGCCAGCGGGUGCUGCUCAUCCGAUCGGGGCGGACGGCGUGGGACGACGAGGGGCGUCUGCAGGGGCGGUCGGACCUUCCUCUGAGUGAGAACGGGAGGAGCUCGUUCAUCGCGGGGAUCCCCUCGGCCCUCGGGCCGGAGGAGCCGGGGUUUACGGUGAUCCACCACGGGCCGGACGAGGCGAGCAAGGAGAGCGCCGAGCUGGUCGCGGAGCGCGUGGGGGCGAAGCUGAAGUCGGUCAAGGGGUUCGGGGGCAUGGACGUCGGCCUGUGGGACGGGCUGCUCGAGAGCGAUCUGCUCGAGCGGUACCCGCGGGCGGUGAAGCAGUGGCGUGAGGACCCGACGAUGGUGACGCCGCCGGAGGGUGAGACGAUCGCGGGGCUCGCGGACCGUCUGCUCACGGCGCUGAUCAAGGUGACGGAGAAGGCGGGCGAAAAGCCGGUGGCGGUCGUGCUGCGUCCGAUCGCGUACAGCCUGCUGGCGAGCCUGCUCACGGAGAAGGGGACGGCGGGUUUGUGGGAGAUGGCGCAGGACGGCCCGACGAGCGAGCGGGUGACGGUGACGCCGAAGCGGCUGAAGGAGCUGCUCGAAUCCAACCGGGCGGGCGGGCUGUGGCUCCGCUGCCCGGAGUGCGGGUCGCUCAUCUAUCGCAAGCAGAUGGAGGCGAACCUCUCGGUGUGCCCGGAGUGCGAGUUCCACUUCCGGAUCGGCGCGGCCGAGCGUGUGCGCCAGCUCGUGGACGACAAGACGUUCGAGCCGAUGUUCACGAACCUGCGCACGAGCGACCCGCUCGAAUUCACGGACCUGAAGCCGUACAAGGAGCGUCUCGCGAAGGAGCAGGCGAAGACGGGCGAGGUGGAGGGCGUGCAGACGGGGCGGGCGUUCAUCAAGGGCCGCCCGGUGAUGCUGGCGUGCCUGGACCUGACGUUCUUCAUGGGGACGCUCUCGAGCGUGGUGGGCGAGAAGAUCACGCGGGCGAUCGAGCACGCGACGGAGCACGACCUGCCGCUGAUCAUCGUCUCGUGCUCGGGCGGGGCUCGGAUGCAGGAGAGCGGGUACUCGCUGAUGCAGAUGGCGAAGACGAGCGCGGCGCUGGCGCGGUUCGACGACGCCGGGGGCGUGUUCAUCAGCGUGCUGACGGACCCGACGACGGGCGGCGUGAGCGCGAGCUUCGCGAUGCUGGGGGACGUGAUCUUCGCGGAGCCGAAGGCGCUGAUCGGGUUCGCGGGGCCUCGGGUGAUCAAGCAGACGAUCCGGCAGGAGCUGCCCGAGGGGUUCCAGCGGGCGGAAUCGCGCGGGUUAUUGACUACGCCGGGAAGUGAGCCUGUGACGAAGUCUGAAUUGCUGCGCACCGUGAGCAUCGACCUUCCCGGCUCGGCGUACGACGUGGUGAUCGGGCCGGGGGCGCUCGGCGGGCUCGGCGCUCUGGCGCGGACGCGGUGCGGCGGCGACGCGACGCGGGCGUUCGUGGUGUACGACUCGAACCUGCCCGCGGAGACGGUCGAGCUGGCGGUGACGUCGCUCGAGGACGAGGGGCUCGGCGUCGAGGCGGCUUCGGCGUUCGCGAGCGAGGACCAGAAGUGCAUGGCGACGGUGGAGCGGCUGCUCGUUGAGGUCGAGCGGGCGGGGCUCUCGCGGUGGGACCCUGUGGUGGCGCUGGGGGGCGGGAUCGUGGGCGACGUGGCGGGAUUCGUCGGCGCGACGUACCGGCGUGGGGCGCCCGUGAUCCAGUGCCCGACGACGCUGCUGUCGAUGGUGGACGCGAGCGUUGGCGGGAAGACGGGGGUGAACCUGGAGGUCGACGGGGCGCUGCGGAAGAACAUGGUGGGGUCGUUCUGGCAGCCGGAGGGCGUGCUCGCGGACACGUCGACGCUCGCGAGCCUGGACGCGCGGGUGCUCCGGGCGGGGCUCGGGGAGUGCCUCAAGCACGGGAUCCUGCUCGGGGAGCCGAUGGGGCUCUGGGGCUGGACGGUGCCGAACCUUGACGCGAUCCUUUCGCUGGACGCGUCGGUGAUGGUGGAGCUCGUGGCGAAGAAUGUGGCGGCGAAGGCGUCGGUCGUGGUGGCGGACGAGCGGGAGCUCUCGGCCAGCGGGCCGGGUCGGGCGGCGCUGAACCUGGGUCACACGUUCGCCCACGCGAUCGAGACGCUGGAAAAACUUUCUCCGACGAAUUCGGCGAGCGACGCGCCGCUCAUGCACGGGGAGGCGGUGAUGUACGGGCUGAUCUGCGCGAUGGCGGUGAGCGAGUCGACCGGGCGGAUGCCGGGGGGCUCGACGGGGCGCGUCCGGCACACUAUUGAGGGGCUCGGGCUUGCGCCCAAGCUGGCCGGAUUGCCCGAUGACACCGAGCUAAUCGCGCGGAUGGGGUCGGACAAAAAGGCGCGUGGCGGGCGGGUGCGGCUCGUGCUGCCGGUCGAGGGCGGCGGGGUCGAGCUGGUUGGUGUGGACGACGCGUCGGUGCUCUCGACGGGGUGGUCGGCGAUCCGCGAAGGGUCAAAUUCGUCGGUCGGCGCGGUGUGCAUGUUCGGUGGACAUCUCCCCCGGACCGCCCCCCAUGUCUGCGGGCGACGCGUGCGACGAACGGGUGUUCCGUGGGAGCGACGCGUGAAGACGAUCGCGAUCGUCAAUCAGAAGGGCGGGAGUGGCAAGACCACGACGGCGAUCAGCCUGUCGUCCGCCCUGUCGAUGCGUGGCCAGCGGACGCUGCUGGUGGACCUGGACCCGCAGUCGCACUGCGCGUCGGGCCUGGCGAUCCCGGAGAGCCAGAUCGACCUGCAGAUCGGCGACGUGAUGAUGUGGCCGGACGCGCGUCCGCUGCCGACGGAGCGUUUCAUCUGGCGGACGCGUUCGAGCCUGCACGUGGCGCCGAGCACGACGAAGCUGGCGGGGCUGGAAUCGGCGCGUGGGGGGCUGGCGGCGCGGGAGGACCGCGACUCGCGUCUGCUGCGCGUGCUCAACGACGUCCGCGACUCUUACGACUGGUGCGUGCUCGACUGCCCGCCGUACAUCGGGUUGCUGACGUUCAACGCGCUGCGCGCGGCGGACGAGGUGCUAAUCCCGGUGGAGACGGGGUACUUCGCGCUGCAGGGGGCGGGCAAGCAGGUGGCGACGAUGGAGGCGCUGUUCCGGCGGUCGGGCCGGGGGGUCCCCUACCGCCUGCUCCCGACGAUGUACGACCGCGCCUCGAAGGUGGCGGACGACGUUCUGGAGGGGAUCCGGAAGCAGUUCAGCGAGUCGCUCACGCCGAUCGUGAUCCGCGUGGACGAGAAGGUGCGCGAGGCGACGAGCAUGGGGACGCCGGUGACAGAGUUUGCGCCGUCGUGCUCGGCGGCGAAGGACUACGCGGCGCUGGCGUCGUACCUCAUGGAGCACGCGCCGAGCGCGGUGCCCGUGGGCGCGACGGAGACGCGGAUGGGGGCGGGCGAGGCCCUGUUCGGCGACUCGGGGCGGGAUCGCGACCGCGGCCCGGCGUCCGCCGGUGCGGGCGGGGCCGGGAUCUUCGACGCGUACGACGAGGGCGGGGCGGACGAGGGCCUCGAGGCGGUGGAGCUCACGGGGUGGUCGCAGACCGGGGACCUGCUCGACGGCGUCGUCUCGAUGGACGCCCCGCCGCUCACGGACGACCGGCCGCCGGCGCGGGGCGGGGGCGAGUCGCUCUCGCGUGCCGCGGAGCUGGCGGCCAAGGCGAGGCAGCUCGCGUCGCGGAGCGCGGAGAUCAGCAAGAAGAUCGAGCGUGACCCGGACGUCGCGCGUGUGAUGCGCGAGCUUGACGGGCCGUCGUCGCCGCAGGUUGUCAUCGGCGGCGCCCCGGGGAGCGAGCCCGGUUCGGGGAACGCGCGGUUCGGCGCGAUCCCGGUGGGCGGCGGCGUGCUGUUCGCGCAGCCCGGCGGGCCGGAGAUGGAGUUCUGCGUCGCGGGCGAUCACAACGGGUGGGUGCCGAGCGCGACAAAGCUGAAAUACAACGAGGAGCGCGAGCGUCACGAGGCGUUCGUGGUGGCGGCGCCGGGGCCGAUGCGGUACCGGCUCGUCGCGAACGGGGAGUGGAUGGCGGACCCGUACAACCCCAACGCGCAGGCGAACCCGUACGGCGGUCGAGACAGCAUCGUCGUGGUCGGCGGCGCGCAUUCGGAUUCGUCGGGUCGCGGCGCGGACUUUGAUGCGCUGGCGGACCUGUUCCUGGGCGAGCCGGAGCGCGAGGCGCCGGCGUUGCGUCUGACCGAGGACGCGACGGACGACGAGGGCCGCGAGGCCCGCCCGCUCGUUCGGGAGGUGCUCCUGCUCGGGCACCUGCCGGUGCGGGCGAACCCGUGGGUGGCGCAGUACGCGCGGCUGUGCGCCGAGCGCGAGGGCGGUCCUGUCGCGCUGAUCCGGAUGGGGUCGGGGCAGAUGGGGAUCGACCUGUACGGUCUGGACUCGGACUUCCGCGAGUGCCAGGCGGAGGCGACGGCGGAGGGCGCGAUCGAUCGCGUCGCCCGCGCGGCGUCGCACGUGAUCCUGCAGGUCUCGGACGCGGACGACGCGGCGCUCGCGACGAGCGAUUCGUCGGAGCGCGUGACCGUCCUCACGGCGGCGAACGACGCGGCGGUGGUGAGCGUGUACCGGACGGCGAAGCGGCUCGCGGGCUCGGUGGGCGAGCUCGGCGUGGCGGUGAUGGGCGAGUCCGAGACGCGGGCGCGGGCGGCGGUGGCGAAGCUCGCGCAGGCGAGCCGGGCGUUCCUGGAUCUCGAGAUCGUCGAACGCGGGAUCAUCGAUCGGAUGGGGCCGACGGGCGGGGCGAUGGUGUUCCUGGGGGAAUGCGAGGCGACGUUCGAGGAGGUCGCGGCGCGGCUCGCGGAGGUCCGCGAGACCCCUACCGAGACCGUCGCCGAGAUCGAAGAGCCGGUCACGAACGUCGAACCGGCACGCGAGGCGCCGGUGUUCAUCGGGGAGAUCGAGCCGCGGACGCCGGCUCGCGAUGCGAAACAGCACACGGCGGUCGACGCGGGCAAGACCCGUGUCGAUCGUCAGCAGGAGACGCCGUCGCCGCGCCCGGUUGAUGAUGCGCGCGGCGUGGCGAUCACGGCGCUCGGGCUGACGCUCAUCGACGCGUCGUGCCCGGACGACGAGGGCGUGACGCUCGCUCGCGACGAGAACGGUGCGAUGCACCUGCUCGUCGCGGACGAGGGGUGUCGGGGGAUGGAGCGGCUCGCGUCCGUCCGGGCGUGGGCGGGCAAGCACGCGCGGCUCCUGGCCGCGAUCGACUCGCGACUCGACAUCGGCGGGGACAUCGGCCUGCACCUGCUCACGGCGCGUCCGAAGGACGUGCGUCACCUGCUGGAGUGCGAGGUGAAGAUCCACGCGCUGCGUCGGGCGGAUGAGCGGAUCGGGACUGGGUGGGUUUGUUUGGAGUUGAACUGA